AGAGAAGAAGAUAUAGUUGAAAAAGAAAGAAAAGGAAGAGAAAUACGUACAUCUCUAUUGUUAGCCGGCCAAUGUUAUGACCAAGAAAAAAAUUAGUGACACGUCUAAGAGAAGAGAUGAAAGGAGAAGAGAUGAAAGGAGAAGAGAAUAAAACGGUAGGAAAAGGUGAGAAAAUCUUGCUAAAACUUAAGCACCUCCUUCGAAAUAGUUCUGGUUCCGCCACUGCCUAUGGUUAGGAAAGUGUGGAGCUAUUUCCUGAGCAUUUUUGGCAUCUUUCAAAGGUCUGGUAUGGAGUAUAGUAAAUUUCAUUAUUGGAGGUCAGUUAGGCCAGAUAGAAGUUUGAUGGAUGUGGUUCGAGGUAAUAUGCCAGGAAUUAUGUGUUGGGUUAUCUGGAAGGCUUAUGCGCAUAACAUAUGGGGAUCGGGAGGGACUAUCUCGAGUCCAGAUGUAAUCAUUCUUCAGAUUAAAACCUAUAUCCAAAAUUGGGUUGCUAGCUUAAAACUGGGAAAACUGAACUUCAUUGGAAAUAUGCUUUUUGAGGAAUAUUUAGUUCCGAGAGGCUUUAAACUAAAGGGUUUCAAACUUCAGCUUAUUAGGUGGGAGAGAACUCAGAAAAAAUGGAAGAUGAAUGUGGAUGCGAGCUACUUAUCUGUUAAAGCGAGCGGUGGAGCAAUCAUUCGUGACGGGAAUGGCCAUUUUGUUUCGGCUAUCAGCUUCCCGUUGCUAGCUCAAUCGCCGGUUGAUGCUGAGAUUAAGGCAAUUUGCUUCGCGCUGAAAUGGGCAACUGAGAAUGGGUUCGAUGAUCUCCAUAUUGAAACUGACUCCUGGGAGGCGUUGCAGUACAUCGAUGGGAAACUGGGAAGAAGAUGGGCGAGCUAGGUAGCACGGAAACGGGAAACGGGAAACGGGAAACGGGAAACGGGAAACGUCGGAAACGCCAUUUCCCAAAAAUACAGGACACGAAACGCGGGGGAAACGCGCAAAUAUUAAAA